CUCGUCUUAGCUGCGUCACUGAUAUAUGGAAUUAUUUUUGUUCCACUGUUGUUGGUUGCGGUGCUUUGAUGCCUCUUCUGUUCAAUUUGAAUUGUUCAAUUUCCUCCUGCACGAGGGGGUUGCUGGAUCACCUCCUUUUCAGGGAGAGGAAAAGCUUGUUGGGUAUUUUGGUUUGACACUGCUUCCCACCCAAAUAACAAGGGACCUACGGACAGAGAAACGGCUCAAUUUAUGCACUUUGGGGUGCACCAUCGGCUAACUUGUUUCCAUCUUUGAAAGGUGUUCUUUUGAAAUGGAUAAAAGAAAGAAAUAUUUGACUGGUGAGAGUUCAUCAAAUCCAGAUAUAAAUGAAACAAUCGUGCCAAAACCUGAAAUCUUGGAGUUUGAGUUACCAUCUGAUGCUAUGUAUUCAAGGCAAUUAAGGGACAAUAUUGCAAGUUCAUCUGGAAGCAAUUUAAGAUCAUUUUUUUCUGGAAUGGGAUUCUCACCGUCUCUUGUUGACAAAGUAAUUGAAGAAAAUGGUGAAGACAAUGUUGACCUGUUAUUAGAGAUUCUCACGGAAUGUUCUGGUCUUCAAAAAUCAAACUCCCAGUCAUCAGAUUCUCUAGAUAGCUUGUUUGAUGACAAGGAUGCAAGCAAUCCUCCAGAAUAUUCCACAUUUGUUGAACCAAAAGAGGAGCCAGAUUUAUCUGGGAUUUAUGAUGACAAAAGAUCAUCUUUAUUAAAGAUGAAUUUCUCUGUAGAGGAGGUUGAUUUUGCAAUGGAAAAGCUCGGUGUACAUGCUCCAGUUGAUGAAAUAGUAGACUUCAUUACUGCUGCCCAGGUAGCUGCAAACUUUGACAAGGAAACAGAGGAGAAGCUGGAUAAUGAACCAGAAAUAAUAAAGGAAAUUAGUAAUGAAGCUUUGUUUGGGACUAUGGAGAAAACGCUUCGCUUGCUUGAAAUGGGUUUCUCCGAGAAUGAAAUUUCAUUAGCAAUUGAGAGGUUUGGUGCAGAAGUUCCAGUUUUAGAGCUAGCUAACUCAAUAUGUGCAGAACAAGUUGGUGAGAAGUACAUUAUAAAAGAUAAGUAUUCUUCGAAAUGUUCAAGAAUCGGUAGCUCACGUGUUGCAAGUGAUUGUGGAUCAUUUAGUAUGGAUGUGGGUAAUAUACUGAAAACAGAGGAUUUUGGCCAAGAUUCUGUCUCUCACUCGAGCAAUCUAAACAUGGAGGAAGUUCGAAGAGGAAAAAGACUGAAACAAGAGGACAUUGGGGACUAUCCUGGUACUCAGUUUGGGAAUGUUAGUUUUGAGGAGGGUUAUCCAAAACCAGAAUAUACUGAUGACCCAACCUCCUAUUUUGAACCUACAUGGGUGGAGGAGAAAAUUGAUGUGGAAUCGACUGGACUCAGAAUUCCUAGAGCACUAAAAUCCAAUUCAUGCAAGAGUGUCGAUCGCAUGGUAGCUAAACCUCCAUAUUUUUUCUAUGGGAAUGUUGAUUCAGUAUCUUUCGACACUUGGGGCAAAAUAUCUCAGUUUUUAUAUGCUAUUGAGCCUGAAUUUGUAGAUAUUCGGUUGUUCUCUGCAUUGAGUAGGAAAGAAGGCUAUGUGCACAAUCUUCCUACUGAAAAUAGGUUCUACAUACUUCCAAAGCCACCAAUGUCCAUAGAAGAUGCAAUGCCACAUACGAAGAAGUGGUGGCCAUUAUGGGAUACAAGGAAGCAAUUAAGCUGCAUCAAUUUUGACACAACUGGAGUAUCUCAGCUCUGUGAUAGGCUUGGAAGGAUGCUAAGUGAUUCUCGAGGUUUGCUUUCAUUUGAGCGAAAGAGAGACAUUCUUCGUCAUUGCCAGAAAUUAAAUCUUAUGUGGGUUGGUCCACACGAAGUGAGCCCUAUAGAACCAGAAUUUUUGGAACUCAUUCUAGGCUACCCAUUGAAUCACUCUGAAGCUAGUGAGAGUAGUUUAAUAGAAAGGCUUCAUUCACUCAGAUAUAGCUUCCAGAUAGAUGCUCUUGGGUAUCAUCUCUCUGUAUUGAAGUCCAUGUUUCCAGAAGGAAUAACAAUGUUAUCACUUUUCACUGGUAUAGGUGGGGCAGAAGUUGCUUUGCACCGCCUCGGGAUCCAUAUGAAGGGUGUUGUCUCAGUGGAAACUUCUGAAACAAAGCAGAGGAUCCUAAGAAGGUGGUGGCACAGUAGUGAACAAACUGGGGAACUAGUACAGAUAGAAGACAUUCAAAAGCUAACGAGUAGUAAGAUUGACAGACUGAUAGAGAAGUUUGGUGGUUUUGACUUCAUCAUCUGUCAGAGUCCAUGCACAUUUUCUGCAAAAAGUCCUAAAAUUGGACCAGAGAGUAUUUCAACAUCUGCUUUCGACUUUUCAUUGUUUUUUGAGUUUGUUCGUGUUAUGCAGCGUGUAAGGAGUCUACUACAAAGAAAGAGGUAACUUAUUUCUCCCUUGGUGAAAGAGGUAACCAAAUUUUCCCAUGUAAUCUUGUUCCUGUAUGUCAGAAGUUAAUAAGGAUCGUGAAGGCAGUUCUUCUCUUGAUAUUUAAUGACUAGUAAGAUAUGAUUGCACAAGAUUUUUAGCUUCUUGUUCGUUAUUUUCUGUUCAGGUGAACUAAUGUAUUUGUUAUUCUUUUGUCUCACUGUUUUAUAAAGGCAAUUUUCAAUA